AUGGAGGCUACGUAUCCCCUCGGUGAAUCCGAUGUUCCCGAGGCCGUAUCCUCGACCAACCGGAAUCUUCUCAUGCCGCGAGCUUGCGAUGCCUGUCGAUCCCGCAAGAUACGCUGUAACCGACAGCACCCGUGUUCGCAUUGUGAGCACAGGAGCAUUGAGUGUACACAUGCCGAAAUCAAGGUCAAAGAGAAGCGCACUCGCAUCCACUUCACCCCUCUGUAUGAAAGGAAAAUUGACCACAUCGAACGCCGACUGGAUGGCAUAAUUGAAAUUCUGAACGAUCUCAAAGUCAGCCGGCCCGAGCCCGAACGACCGCAGCUACCAAGGGGUACACAACCCCUAUCCAACGAGACGCAUUCCACCCCAGCGGUAUCUGGCCAGGCAACCCCGGCCGACUUGGCUGCUGGGCCCGUCGUGGAAGGCGACUCUUCCUUGACGGCCCACUCGGCUUUUGCAAACGACUUUCUGCAAACCUUCGUGAGCCCAGACGCUGUGCAAGACUGCAGCCUAGAGAUGCGCGAGACUCUCGAUGCACUUGCUCAUACCGUUGCGACACUCAAAAAGCAGACUGCCUCCAGCGAAAUAAUUGACCCUCACUUCCCCCCUACAAACCGUCCCCGACUGAACGACCUCGAGCUGCCUCCCAUUGAGAAGGCUGUUGCCCUGAUCCGUCUUGCGAAAUCCCAAAGCCUCGCCGGUACUGGUUGGAUCUAUGAAUUUCUUCAAUUAAAUCACUUUUCAGACAUGUGCCUCGGUGUCUACUUCUCGGAUGAUUAUCCUGGCAUUGAUGUCAUAACUGUGAAUGCCGGUCUACACUCUCUGUUCUCGGACUAUGCAUUCCAACUGCCGGAGGAGCAUCGCGAAGCAUACUCCGGCUUUGCGGAUCUAUGUCGAGCCAAUCUAGAAGCCGCGCUAGCUGAUUUGCCUCUGCAUCUACCUGCAACCUCGAACGCAAUCCUCGCACUUAUAUUUGGUGCUUUCCACUUCAUAGAGCUCUCGAAGCCUUCUAUGUCCUGGACAUAUUCAUCAAAGGCGUCCGAGCUAUGCCAGACACUCGGCUAUCAUCGGAAUGCGUCCAUGAAGGCUGACUCGCAAGGCACCAUACAAUACAAACUAUUCCUCUUCUGGAGCGUCUACUUUCUGGACAAGAGCCUAUCACUUCGCCUUGGGCGGGCCUCGACUAUUCCAGAUUGUGAGAUAACAAUACUUCGGCCUUCAGUAAACAGCUUCAGCCAUGCACCUGUCAUGGCAUACUUCCCCUUGUGGAUCGAAUGUGCGCGAUGCCAGGGCAGCAUAUACGCGAUGCUAUAUAGUCCCUCCUCCCUUGCUCAACCCGACACAGUACGGCACGAUCGAGUGCAGAUCCUGGUGAAUGACCUUCAGGCAUUGGAAAAGGCAACUCGUGAUACCCACAAUCAAUGGAUUGAAACUGCCAGCGAGACCUCUGGUGAAGACUUGAUGAACUUUUUUGCUUUCUCGGACGACGUUCUCCGUCUAUCGCUUCUCACACUGGUUUAUCGGGCCGCUCCACCCACAAAAGACUCUUCCACAACCUUCAGCUUAAACUGCAUCAAGGCCGCCAAGGCGACGUUGCAGAGACACCACGACUGUAUUGACGUGAUACGCAAUCUCGGCAGUAUCUACUUCGCCAAGUAUAUUCAUUGGACCCUCCUCUUCGCACCCUUUUCCCCCUUCAUCGUCAUAUUUUGCCACAUAAUCGAAACCCAGGAUCAAAGCUACCUACCUCACCUACAUGCCUUUGUCGAAUCCAUCAAAUUGGCACCAAUGGUCUCAGAUGCUGCCGCUAGAAUGUACCGUCUUUUCCUAGUCCUCUACAACGUAGCACUGCGCUACAUAGAGUUCCGCACAUCCCAGCAACCAGGCCAGACACCAGCGUGUGCCGAGAUGGAUGAGUAUCUCGCUGCAUUGGGACUGCCAGCACAGGUUUCUGGUGUUGUCCAUCAACCGGGAUCACAAUCUUUGGGCACAGACCCCAGGCGUGAUUUUAUCAGACGGGAAUCUAAGCAGAGGGAGGAGCCGAUGAUGUGGGUGGGAAAUGAGGCGGAGUUGGAUGGGUGGUUUUCUAGUAAUCGAGCUAUAAUGGGGUUACUUCAGGAGUCGGAUUUCAAUAUUCUGGAUGAGGGUUGGAGAGGCUAA